CUUGUUUGGUAAGCCGGUGAUGCUUUGCUGACUGGAUAAAAUGGGAGGUGGCACAGCCUGGCACCUGUUUCAAAACAACUCUGAAAUGUCCGACUUUAUGGUAAACUCGCUAACCCCUGUUUUCAAAAACAGGCUGAGUGUGCUUUCGGUAAUCAGAAAUACUCAACCUCUCCUCGCAUAUCGUUAUCUACAGACAGAGUUUUGAUUUGCUACAUGUGAGAGGAAGGAAGGAUGCACUCGCUGGACAAUCAGUUCAACAAUGGAAGGGCCGGUCUGCUGUCUGUUGGUUGUACUGCUCGGUGGACUCUGUUCUGCUUCACCAGUAGGAAGAGAGUUUGCCACAUCUUUCAUGCAGAACCUUUACGCGGACACUAAAGAUACUCGUUUCCUGGUUGAGGUCACUGCUCUGCCUUCUUCACAAGGCAGCACCAAGGUCAAGGUGUCUGCUAUGGGUGAGGUCUUUGAAAAGGAAAUUAGUCCUGGUUCGAGCGGCUCCUUCAAACUACCUGACAGUGUGGAGAUGAGAGGCAGUGAAAAGUUCAAUAAGACUGUGCUGAUCGAGGCGAGCCAAGAUAUCACUGUGAUGUCUCUCAACUUUAAGCAGUACACGGCCGACACCUCUGUGAUUUACCCAGUGAAGGACUGGGGAACUGACUACUUCAUAUUCACUCCUAACAGCAACCUGAAAGGCACCUUUAAAGAAUUUUCUAUCACAAACCACAAGGAGCCUAACUUUGUUGAGAUUUUACUACAGGGCUCUGUGAGAUUCCAAGGGAAAUAUUACAGGAGACAAAGCAAGAUGUCCCUGAAGCUAGAGCCGUUUGAGACCGUUCAGAUUCAGAGUCACGAUAACCUGAGAGGUACUAACGUAGUGUCCCGCCUCCCUGUCGCCGUCUCCUCCGGACAUAGCUGUAUUCAGAAGUUUACUGCCUGCAACCAUGUCUAUGAACAACUUCUCCCUGUAAACAGCUGGGGGAAAGAAUUCAUCAUUGCACCCCUGCCCUACCGCAACCUAUUUUCUACAUAUGAUAGUGUUAUCGUCCAAGCAUCCCAGCACACUGAAAUAAGCGUGAAUUUCAAUGGAAAGGUGCAGAGUUACCAUAUGUUUGCAGGACAAACUAUCGAGCUCCAGUCUCAGUGGCCACAUCCUAUGUAUUUGAAAUCAGACAAAGGUGUCCAGGUGCUGUUUGAAUUCAACGGAGGUCCUGAUGACGUAGUCCAGUCUGUUGAUCCCUUCCUGAUGACUAUACUGCCCACAAGUCAUUUCAGCACCUCCUACUCCCUGGAGGGACAGGGAGAUUUCUACAACUAUAUUAUAGUUGUGGCUCAGAACAAACACCUGGAUGGCAUCAAAAUUGACCCCCAGCCCCAAACUACAACGUUCAACUGGCGAAAGGUGGAUGGGACUGAUUACUCCUGGGCUGAGAUGUACUAUAGCACUGGGGCAAACUUCUAUCAAAUUUCUCACCCUGACUCUCCAUUCGGAGUCUACAGUUAUGGUGUCGCUAAUGCUAAUGGGUACGGAUCCCCUGCAGCUGGUGACCCAGCAGAGAGACAUGACUGCAGUACCACAAAAUGUUUAGAAGAUGAGGUGUGCCAGAUGAAUGAAAAAAACUCAAUAACAUGUGUCAAAAAAACAGCCAUUAAAGAGGGAACCUGCUGGGCUAUGGGAGAUCCUCACUACCGCACAUUUGACGGCAACUACUACAACUUCAUGGGCAGCUGCACCUACACGAUGGCCAAGAACUGCCAAGUUGAUGAGGACCACCCAGCCUUUGAGGUUGAUGCUAAGAAUGACAAACUUGAUGGUUCAAAGGUCACGUUUGUUGGCAAGGUGAUCAUUAAGGUGUAUGGGUACACUGUGACCAUUGUGCGCUCAGAGUUUGGCCUUGUCAGGAUGAACCACACAUUGUGGAAUCUCCCCAUCAAUCUGGGAAAUGGGAAAUUGAAGUUAUCACAGAGCGGCAUGUCUGUCGUUGUUGAGACAGACUUUGGCUUGACCGUGCAGUAUGACUGGAAGCAGUAUCUUGUCAUCACAGUGCCGGGCAGUUUGUGCGGCAAGGUGUGUGGCCUGUGUGGGAACUUCAACAGCAAAAAGGAGGAUGACUUGGUGACUCCUUCUGGCUCACAGAGCAGCAAUGUAGCGGCCCUGGGAAAGAGCUGGAGAGUUCCUAAUGUGACAGAUGAUGCUCAUUGUCAAGACGAAUGCUCGGGCAAGUGUGAAAAUUGUGAUGACGACAGCUUUUUUCACAGCAUCACUUCCAGGAUGUUCUGCGGUAUUCUCAGCCACGCUAUGGAUGGACCGCUCAGUGACUGUAAUUCUGUCAUUGACCCGAAAGUCCUUCAUGAGAUCUGUUUGUUUGAUAUGUGCAUGGGUGAUGGGUUCAAGGACUUCCUGUGUAACACCUUGCAGGUGUACGCCGAUGCCUGUCAGAGGGCCGGCGUGAAAAUUCACGACUGGAGGCACUUCGCCCAUUGCCCUCUACCCUCAUGCCCGGAGAACAGUCAUUAUGAGUUUUGCGGAAAGGCCUGCCCUUCCACCUGUGAAAACCCAGAUGCAACCGCAAAGUGCAACAAAAGCUGUGUGGAGACGUGUGUCUGUGACGAGGGCUUCCUGCUCAGUGGCACAGAGUGUGUCAGUAAAGCCCAGUGUGGCUGCUUGUACAAAGACAAGAGCCUCUACAUAGAGUCUGGAGCUUCUGUCUUCACUGAUGACCACUGUACAGAGAGGUGCACGUGCAACGGCACUACAAAGGAAGUGGAUUGUGAGAAACCAGGUUGUCCUAAGGGGUAUGAGUGCAAUGUGGUUGACGACCUCAUCGGAUGUGACCCAAUUACUUUCGCUGAGUGCAGCAUGAUUGGUGGCCCUCAUUACGAGACCUUUGAUGGGCAUGAUUACAGCUUCCAUGGCAGCUGUGUGUAUCAGCUGGCUGGGGUCUGCUCGAAAGAUCCUUCCCUGCCACAUUUUGAAGUUUAUGUGCAGAAUGAUGCCUAUGGUAAAAGAGUGGACUCUGGUGCAAAGCUGGUGGAGGUCAAAUUUUCUGGAACUUCCAUUAUUGUCUCAAGAAAACACAAAGGCUUUGUCAUGAUAAAUGGAGAACUUACACACUUACCUGUCAAAUAUAAACGCAAUUUCACUGUGAACCAGUUUAGUGACUUUGCUGAGAUAAAGACUGACUUUGGCCUGCUAGUCUCCUAUGACUGGCAAUCGACAGUUCAUGUCAAAGUACCAAGUACAUAUGAAGAUGCAAUGUGCGGUAUGUGUGGCAAUUACAAUCACAACCCGAAAGAUGACCUGCAGUUGAAGAAUGGCACACAGGCUGAGUCUGCGGAGGAACUGGGAAAAAGUUGGAGGGUUGCCGAGAUCCCAGGCUGUGUAGAUGGCUGCAAGAACAGCAAGGAUUGUCCCAGCUGUGACAUCACCCAGAAAGACAAAUAUGAGACGGAUAGAUACUGCGGUUUCAUACGAAAUCCCAAAGGCCCCUUCAGUGGAUGCCAAGGCACCAUAGAUCCUGAAAGACUUUUUCAGAGUUGUGUGUAUGAUGUGUGCCUUUACAAUGGCAAAGAAGGCUCCUGGUGUAGCCAUCUCCGCCGUUACACCAUUGGAUGCCAAAGCAGAGGAGUCAAUGUGUCCCAGUGGAGAGCACCAGACUUCUGUCCCAUAUCUAAGAUGAAAUUCCCAACCAACAGUCAAUAUAAACACUGUGGCAAUAUUUGCCAUGCAACCUGUGACAACAGGUUAGCUCCCUCUACCUGCAAGAAGCCCUGCCAGGAAGGAUGGGAGUGCAAAGAUGGCUUCCUACUCAGUGAUUACAAGUGUGUGUCUUCUGACCAGUGUGGCUGCCUGUACAAGGGCAAAACCUAUCAGCAGGGACAGAGUUUUCUGUCAUCAGAUUGUCAGCAAAUGUUCACCUGCAGUAAAAAUGGCACGAUGCUUCAUGAGAAACACUCUUGUGGGCUGUUUGAGACUUGUGUGCUGACCAACAAUGUUGGAUCAUGCCAUCCAGUGGGAAACGGAACGUGCCAAAUCGCAGGUGAUCCACAUUACAACACCUUCACCAACCACACCUUUAACUUCCAAGGCACCUGCACCUACACCGCAGCUAGAUCGUGCCACCUGGAGGGCUCACGGCUCAAAGCCUUCUCUGUGGUUGUAGAGAAUGAGAAGUGGACAAUGACAGAUACGCCAAAUGUGGCUGUAGCCAAGCUUGUUGCUGUGGAGGUGUACGGCACCACUCUAGUCCUCCGAAUGAAUCAACUCAGAACGAUCAUGGUGAAUGGCACCUUGUUAACCAUUCCUCUUAACCUCAAUGAUGGACAAGUAGAAGUCUUCCAAGAGGGCUUUCACUAUGCUAUUGUAACUGACUUCGGACUGAAAGUGACUUACGAUAUGAUCUACAAAGUCACUGUCACUGUUCCUGGCAACUACAAAGGCAAAACCUGUGGUCUGUGUGGCAAUUUUAAUGACAGCGAGCCAGAUGCGUUAGAACUACCCGAUGGAAAAAUUACCAAGGACCUCCAGACCUUUGGAGCAGCAUGGAAGGUGGCUGUGCAGGGGGUGGUCUGUGAGGAUGGCUGCAGUGGAGACCAGUGCCCUAAAUGUGACGCCACACUAAAAAAAAUCUUUGAGAAAGAUUGUGAAAGUAUCACAAAUGCUACUGGUCCCUUUGCUGCCUGCCACAGCCAAAUAAAUCCUGAGUCUUACUACAGAGAUUGUGUCUAUGACGUCUGUAUGUCUCAGGGACGCAAAGACGUUCUCUGCAACAGUAUCUCAGCGUACGUGACUGACUGUCAGACCAUCGGAGUAAAGAUUGACAACUGGAGGACGCCUGAUUUCUGCCCUAUUACAUGUCCUGCAAACAGUCACUACCAGAUCUGCUCUGAAACCUGUGGCUCUCCGUGUCCUGGUCUCACCGACACCAUCAGCUGCCCCGCCACUUGUGCUGAAGGCUGCGCCUGUAAUGAAGGAUACUACUUCAAUGGGACAGGCUGCGUUGACCUGGACGAAUGCAGUUGUUACCACAAUGGACGUACCUACAAGAUUGGCCAUACUGUGGUAUCUGACGACUGCCAGCAGAUCUGCAACUGUACAACAUCUGGUGAAGUCGAGUGUGAGCAGUUUUCAUGCGGUGUUACGGAGAAAUGCCAGCUCAAAAACGGUGUCCUUGCCUGCCGUCCCAAGGAGUGUCGGAUGGAGACGGGAGGCUUCAUCACGCUCUUCAGUGGCACCACCGGCACUAUCUCUGUCAUGGGAGCUUAUGAGAUCAUCACACACUGUGAUGAAUCAGCUGCCGACUGGUUCAGAGUUGUGGCCAAGCUCCAAGAGUGCCCUCUGACCGGAGUGAAGAGCGUGGUUGCCGUUUAUGUCUUCUUCAAUGAGCUGAGUAUCACCGUCACUGACAGACAGGAGACCUGGGUCAAUGGUAAAAAGCUUAAUGACUCCAGCCUGACAGGAAAUAAUAUCUUUGUGAGACGUGAUGAGAAAACUGUGAUUAUCGAGCAGAUGUCACACUUCCAGCUGUCUUACAGCAAUUCCCAGGAGCUCAUUGUUACUGUGAGUGCCAGCAUAGUGGACAACUUGUGUGGAGCAUGUGACAGAUUCAUAGCCUUCACAGACACCAUGGGUUUCUCACAGUUUAUGAUACAGGAGUAUAUGGCCUCGUUUUCUGCACAGGACUUCCCUACCUGCUCCUCUCCACUGACAAACAUGGGGUUGUUUGUUGUACUCUUUUCAGCUCUUCUGCUGAGUGGAUUUUGCAGAGGAGGACCAACGACUACAACACCACCGUCAGGCACCUGUUGGGUCAUGGGCAGUCUCUACUACACCUUUGAUGGCCAUGACUACACCUUCACUGGCAACUGCACCUACACCUUUGCAAAGAACUGCCAUGUUGAUGAGACCCUCCCGGCCUUCGAGGUGGCGACCAAGAACCUGAUCGAGGGCAGCGUGCAGGUCCCAUCGGUGGAGACGGUCACUGUCAAUGUUUACGGGAUUAACAUCGAGAUAGUUCGCAAUGAAUAUGGCAUUGUUCGGGUGAACUAUCAAGAAUGGCAGCUCCCGCUCAACUUGAACAACGGCCAGGUUAAGCUUUCCUUGAAAGGUCUGUAUGUCGUCAUGGAGACAGACUUUGGCCUGAUUGUGCAGUACGACUGGGACCAGUACCUCGUCGUCACACUGCCUGGGAGGUUUUCCGGCAGUGUGUGUGGCCUGUGUGGCAACUUUAACAACAAAAAGGAAGAUGACCUCACGACUCCCAGCGGCUCUGAGGCCAACAGCAUGUCAGAGCUGGGACAGAGCUGGAUGGUUCCCGGUACCGAUGUAAAUUGCCAAAACGGUUGUGGCGACGAUUGUGCCAGCUGCUCUCUCGGUUAUGUUCAGAAGUUAGAGAAACAAAUCUUCUGUAGCGCCCUUAUACAAAAUUAUCAAGAACUUCUAGGUUGUCUACCUGACAUUGACUCCAACCUCCUGAAAAGUAACUGCAUGCUGGACCUCUGUAGGGGGGAAACGGUGAACACAUAUCUCUGCACCACUAUGCAAGGCUUCGCUGACGUCUGUCAGAGGGCUGGGGCCAAAGUAGGCUCCAGCUGGAGGACAUCCACUCAAUGCCCUACACCCAAGUGCCCAGAAAACAGCAACUAUGAGUUCUGUGGGAAUGGCUGUCCUGCUACAUGUGCAGAACUUAACCCUCCUGCAAAAUGCAACUUCACCUGUUUGGAGACGUGUGUCUGUAAGGAGGGCUUUGUGCUAAGUGGCACCAAGUGUGUUCCCAAAGAUCAGUGCGGCUGCGUAUACGAGGGUCACUAUGUGGAGGCAGGAGCCUCCUUCUGGGGGGAUGAGACUUGCACCAAACGCAUCACAUGCUCCGCCGGUGGAAGUCUGUCCUCCAGUGAGACUAGCUGUCCCGCCGGGCAGCAGUGCCGAGUGGUGGAGGGGAUCAGAGGCUGCAAUCCUGUCAACGAGGCCACCUGCAUUGUAUCUGGGGACCCACAUUUUGUGACCUUUGAUGGGGAGCGCUUCAACUUCCAAGGCACUUGUUCAUAUGAGAUGGCUGGAGUCUCCUCGAAUCAAACCGACAUGGAACAUUUUAGUGUCAUUUUGCAGAAUAAUGGUCAGGAUAAGAAGAUUGGAUCCGUUGUCAAGGUGGUUGAGGUCCAAGUGAACGGGAACACCAUCAUCAUUAGCAAAGAUGACCCUGGCGCUGUUGUGGUCAAUGGUUUGCGCUCCAACCUCCCAAUGACGCUGAACAGCAAUAAGCUCCAUCUUUAUAUGAGUGGAUGGUUUGCCGUAAUCGAGAUGGACUCCGGAGUGAAGGUGUACUACGACUGGAACAGUGUAGCAUUCGUUAUCGUUCCCAGUACAUACAUGGGUGCAAUGCAAGGCCUUUGUGGCAAUUACAACCUCAACCCCAAAGACGACAUGCAGAUGAAAGAUGGCAAACAAGCAACUUCUUCUGAGGAGUUGGGUCAAAGCUGGAAAGUCGCCACGAUCCCCGGCUGUGUAGACGGAUGCAGCGGUCCCUGUCCCGGCUGCAACUCAACUCAGAAAGACACCUACAACAGCAACAGUUACUGUGGCCUCAUCAGCGACCCUGCAGGCCCCUUCAGAGACUGCCAGGCCAAGGUGGACCCUGCCGGUUUCCUCAACGACUGCGUAUAUGAUGUCUGUCUUUACCAGGGAGGUCAGAACAUGCAGUGCAAGACUUUGACCGCCUACACAGCCGCCUGCCAGCUGCAAGGUGCCACAGUGUACUCCUGGAGGUCCGCUGAAUUCUGUGCUGCCCAGUGUCCAUCAAAAAGCCAGUAUGAGCUCUGUAGCAGCGGCUGUCCCCGAUCUUGUCAGAAGGACUGUGGGGCUCAGUGUAUGGAAGGAUGUGUCUGUGAUGAGGGUUACCUGAUGAGUGGAGGUGAAUGUGUGCCUGCCAACCAGUGUGGAUGCACAUAUGAGGGACAAUACUACCAGCAAGGACAGGUCUUCUACCCUGACACCCUUUGCCAGAGCGAAUGCACCUGCAACGGCACAGUGACGUGUAAGCAGUCUUCUUGUGGUCAAUUUGAGACGUGUGGGGUGAAUAAUUAUGUGCGAUCAUGUCAGCCAUCGAGAAAAGGACUGUGUACCAUCUCUGGAGAUCCUCAUUACAACACCUUUGACAACACCACAUAUAACUUCCAAGGCACCUGCACCUACAUCGCAGCUGAAGGAUGCCACCUUAACGGCACCCAGCUCACCCCCUUCUCUGUGGCGGUGGAGAAUGAGAAGUGGUAUGGUUUGUCAUUCAAUCCCAAGGUGUCUGUGACCAAACUUGUAGCAGUAGAAGUUUACGGAACCGUCUUGAUCCUUCGCAAGAACGACAUUAACAUGGUUUGGGUAAAUGGGAUCCUUACUCACCUUCCACUGAGCCUCAACAACGGUGCAGUGAAGGUUUAUCAGGAGGGGCAAAAUGACAUCAUAGUGACCGACUUUGGCCUGAGGGUGACGUAUGAUCUGGUGUAUCACGUCACAAUCACUGUCCCUGGAACCUACAGUGGCAGAACCUGUGGUCUUUGCGGCAAUUUCAACAAUGACAAAGCAGAUGAGUUCCAACUGCAAGAUGGAACAAUUACCAAAGACAUUCAGAGCUUCGGAGCAGCUUGGAAAGUGCCCGUGAUUGGAGCCGUGUGUGAAGAUGGCUGCAUCGGCGACCAGUGCCCCGUAUGUGAUGAAUCUAAAAAAGCUUUGAUGGAGGCAGAAUGUGCAGUCAUCAGCGACCCCAAUGGUCCAUUUGCGGCUUGCCAGGGUAUUAUCGAUCCCUCCUCCUACUUCAGAGAUUGUGUCUAUGAUGUUUGUAUGUCCGAAAAUGAUCCAAUCAUGCUGUGCCACAGUAUUUCUGCAUACAUGUUAGACUGCCAAGACUUUGGUGCAAAGAUUGGGAACUGGAGAAAUGCUACUUUCUGCCCUUUACCAUGCAGUCCUGGCAGCCAUUAUGACACUUGUGUACUGCCUUGUACCGCUCCAUGUCCUGGUCUGGUUGACACCCUCACGUGCACCACGACUUGUGUGGAGGGCUGUGCCUGCGAUAAAGACUUCUACUACAAUGGAACUGGCUGUGUUCCCUCUGACCAGUGCAGCUGCUAUUACAAUGGCCACACUUACAAGGUUGGAGAGACCGUUAUAACUGAUGAUUGUCACAGGAUUCACACCUGCCACGCCUCUGGAAUAGUUGUGUCCAAAAACAUGACAUGUGACCCUGACCAGAGCUGUUUGGUCAAGGGAGGUGUGAUGAGUUGCCAACUUCAGCACUGCUUUUUGGAUGCCAAUGGGACCCUCAAUCCAUUUAAUGGUGAAGGUGGCACCAUAACAGAGCCAGGAUCCUAUGAGAUCAUCCAAAACUGCGACGUCUCUCAGACAACAGACUGGUUCAGGGUGGUGGCGAAGUUGGAGACGUGUACUCCGGGUGUCAACACAAUUGUGGCCGUAUAUGUGUUCUUCAAUGACAUGAUGAUUUCAGUGAACAGCAAACAUGACAUAUGGAUAAAUGGAAGGGAGCUGACUCAGACGCCUUUCACCAAGAGUGAUGUCAACGUGGUGGUGUCUGACAAUACAUUGAUAAUUGACAGCACUUCCACCAUUCAUGUGUCCUUUAGUUCGACUAAUGAACUCGCCAUUAGUGUCAGUGACGUAGUAGCAGACGUGUUAUGUGGGGCAUGUGGUACGAUCAGGCCUACUAUAAUGGAACUCCAGGCACUGAACAUUGGGAAGUGGAAGGCUCCUGACUUUCCCGGAUGUGAUAUCUAAAUUGCAGUCCAGCAAGUUUUGUAAAAACUGCAUCGAUGAAAAUCUUUCAGCGCUCGCCCGACGUCUGUGCUUUAUUCAAAUGGAAAAAUGGAGACCCGCAUAAUGAUCUUCAAACAUAUAUAUUUUUCUUUUUAUCUCAAAGAAAAACGCAGCACAUUUGAUUAACAGAGCAGAUAUGUAUGUUUUAUUGAGAAAAUGUAAUAUGGACUUUACAUUUAAACACUGGGGUGAAAGAUUACACCAGCUUCUACAGUCUCUAUUAUUUGUUCCUUAUACAAUGUUAGAUAUAUCCGAUGUUGCAAUAGUAAUUAAAGAUACAUGUAAAGAUGUUUAAAGUGGUUAUCACAAAAACAUUGUAGUCAUUAAUGGAAAGAAUUUGAUUUCAAGUAGAACAUCUUUUUAGGACCUCAGUGUCACAAUUUAUCAUGGCGUCCUCAACAGCUCUGAGCUGAAUGAUAAGGGAUCAUUCUCAUAAUUUGUGGGACUGCCCAGUCACGAAUUGUGGUAGAACAUUAAUAUAUGGAUAUAAAAGAUAAAAGGAACAAUGAAUAGUGUAGUAAGAGGUUGCUAAAGGUGUAAAUUAACUCAAAGGUUAAAACUGACACACAAUGGAUUAUUUGACAGAGCAACUGCAAAUGAUAGUGAUAUCAUUUCACACGCAGACCUCAAGGUGUUUGUUGUGUCAAAAAGCCCAAUGAAGUUUAAAUUUGUUCUGAAAUAUAAAAGAAAUGUGAUUUAUAAAGACAACCAUAAUAAACACUGUUCAUCAAUGAAAAUGUAU